GCCUCCUCCUUCCCCUUGACAUCUAAAGGCUGCCGAAGUCGAUCAAUAGCUUCGUUGACUUUAUCUAUGUUUGCAUUUGUGACCUGCAACGAUUGUGUGUUGCUGUAGAUUGGCCCAAUGGCAUCUCUCACCACCUUUCCACUUGUUUCAAGGCGAGACAUGGAACCUUGGAUCUUUUUGGUUAGGAUGUUCAGCUUUUCAAGAUUUGCGUAAAGCACCUCCACCUCCGCACUCUCUUCUGCGUGGACCGUGUUCCGCAUCCCGACCAUGGCUCAGGUAAGUAAUCUGCGCCCUGGCAAUCCUAGGUGAAUGCGCCCUGCUUGAGGAUUCUAGCGGCGUUUUCAGCCAGCAGACGCUGUUCCAGGAAACAAAGAAGAAAGUUUUUAAAGCAUGAUCAAUAGUGGCAAUAGGGAAUGUGCUGUAUGUAGCACAGAUAGCGGCUGUUACCAGCCCUAUCUAUGGUUGUUGAAUAAACAAGCGGGAUUCAGACAAUGAUAUCGCCGAAAGACGGCCACUAGUCCAUAAAUGGAACCAUCGGAAUAAAUAUAGUCCGAAGUCACUAUCACGUGCAUUGCGUCAUCCCGCUGGAGUCCUAGAAUUUAAGAAUUCCAGGUUAGCAGAAUUGUUGAAUAUUUCGCAACAUUCUGAGUAUUCUGCUUCCUAGCUAGAGUCGUGGUUCAUGAAUUACAUAAGAUAGUAGAAGCCGGUGGUGUCCUCGUUUCAAUGGGCACUGCUAGAGCUUUAAUCGCAAGAUGGAGACUGCCUUUAACGUGGACGGCGCUUUUUGCAGCUGGAGGGUCCUAUUAUCACUCAACGGGAAUACAUUCGAUUAAAAACAACUCAGAUCGGGAUUGUGGCACAUGGGAAAAGCAGGAUGAUUCCAAGGAUACUCCGCUGCCAUUAAAUCAGCCAUGCAAAAGCUCGAGGAUAUCACAGGCCCCUCCUGAUACGUCUGGCAGGACACUCUUGCAGCCACUGGUGAGCGAUCGCCUUGCCAAACCGCCCAAGGAGCUGCCAAUCGAACUGCCAACGUCCCAAUCUGCAUGGGAUACGUUCACCUCGAAGAUCAGUGUGGCCAAAGAUUCUUUUGUGUCUCCGAAUUGGCCGGAGUUAAUCAAGCAAUAUGUCGCGCCGGCAUGGACGGCGCUGCUUCCCGCGACUAUCCAAACACUCCAACGAGAAUUAACAAUGUCGGAAGGGUCUUUGGCCGACGAGAUCUGGUCGGAAGCUCAAGAUGCUGAAUUGAAUCCCGAGAUUACUCGGGAAGCCCGGGUUCGGAUCGGCGAGGGUCUAUGUCGCGAAGAGAGGUAUUUCCAAUGGAGGCGUAGACAAGCUAUGGUCAAAUCGCUAGCAGCUUAUCUUGGCUUAAAGGAGAAAGAUGUCCAUCCCGACGAUAUACCUACAAUUGCCAUGUGUAGUUCAGGUGGUGGCCUACGCGCCCUUGUCGCCGGUACAGGCUCUUUUCUUGCCGCGAAAGAGGCAGGGCUUUGGGAUUGCACCAUGUAUACUGCUGGUGUCAGUGGGAGCUGUUGGCUGCAGACGAUCUACAAUUCGUCAUUAGGGGGUCAAGAUUUUGGGAAGGUAGUGCAACACUUAAAAAAGCGGCUUGGAAUUCACAUUGCAUUCCCACCCGAAGUACUUAGACAACUGACAACAGUCCCAACUAAUAAAUACCUACUGAGGGGCUUGGUUGAAAAACUGAAAGCCAGCCCGGAGUCCGAAUUUGGAUUGGUAGACAUCUAUGGUCUGCUCCUGACUUCUAGGCUUUUAGUUCCGACUCGAAACCCGUUGGAUUUACAUGAUCGCGACCUUAAGCUUUCGAACCAGAGAGUUUUCAUUGACAAUGGCGCGAAUCCUCUCCCAAUAUACACUGCUGUGCGCCAUGAGAUCCCUCCCGAAGAUACAACUGUACCUGGUCUCUCUAUGAACCUCAUAUCGGAUGAGCCAAAGCCAGAGACAAAACAAGAAACAUGGUUCGAAUGGUUCGAGUUUACCCCGUACGAAUUAUUUUGCGAGGGGUUCAGUGCAGGAAUUCCUAUGUGGGCAACUGGGAGGCAAUUUUGGAAAGGCCUAGACGUCCCCACUUCUAAAGACUUCGCCGUACCGGAAUUACGGAUCUCAGUGUUUAUGGGUAUCUGGGGGAGCGCAUUCUGUGCCACUCUUGCUCAUUACUACAAAGAGGUGAGGCCAAUUUUACGAGGACUUGCCGGAUUUGGUGGCAUCGAUGCCGUGCUGGAAGGGAAGAGUGAUGACCUGAUUCGUGUUCACCCUUUCGAUCCUGCGUCGAUACCGAACUUCGCGCUCGGGUUGAAGGAUCGACUUCCAAAAACGUGCCCAGAGUCGAUUUUUACGGACAAAGAGCUCCGUCUUAUGGAUGCUGGAAUGAGCAACAAUCUACCUAUAUACCCUCUUCUCCGCCCCGGCCGCAAUGUUGAUAUGAUAGUGGUUUUUGAUGCGUCAGCCGACAUUAAGGAAGAAAACUGGCUUUCGGUCGUGGAAGGAUACGCGCGGCAGAGAGGUGUCAAAGGGUGGCCAAUUGGGUCUGGUUGGCCAAAACCAGGAACAACAGCUAUAGAAACCGCGAAAGGCAUUGAGGACGCUUCGAGUAGCUCAGUUAAGGAAUCAGAUGAGAGCCUCUUGGUUGCCAAAGAACAGAGUCGGGAACCAAGCACCAAGAGUAAAGGGACACAUGUGGGGAGCAGAGGAACCACUCUGAGCCAAGAUACUACGGGAUCAUCACCAAACCCAGAAAUGACCGAUCUUGGUUACUGUAAUGUUUGGCUAGGGACGACCCAAGAGCAAACAUCCACAACAGAACCUCCGCCAUCCAAAAGGCUGUUCCAUUUGCCUCUGCAAGACGAUUCUGACUCCGACUUCAGUCUUAUGCAUCCUGAUGCCGGAAUUGCGGUUGUCUACUUCCCACUUUUGAAAAACCCUGCCGCUCCCGCGGUUAAACAGGCCGCACCCUCAACUGCUCCAAUAAGUAGCUCGGAAAACGCAAAUACAUCUCUAGAGCAAUCGGGAUCUGUGGAGCCGAUAGACCCUGCUAGCAACGAUUUCAUGAGUACUUGGAAUUUUGUUUACACACCAGAACAAGUCGAUGGCGUUAUUGGGCUUGCCAAAGCCAACUUCGCGGAAGGUGAAUACCAGGUGAAGCGCGUAGUGCGGGGUAUUUACGAAAGGAAGAAGAGGGCCAGGUUACAGAGGAUACGGGAAGGAGAGUUGGAGGGCGUGCGUCUUACUUGAUAUUUGUUCUGCUGGUGCUACCCCUUUGGUUUUAACUGUCCAGAUAAUCAAUACAAUAAGUUGUUGGCGCAAGCUAUUGGCAUGGGAUAUCCAUCGGAGGAACUCUGGACGUUUAGACCAUGUUUAAAUUACACAUGUAGGAAAUAUAAUAGAUUCAUUGGACAACUGUUAGUCAAUUGUAUGUACAUGUAUUUAGGGCUGAAAUUUUUGAAAGUAGUGAUGACUAAGCAUCAUGGCCUGAAGAACCACUUUUGCGCAAGCUCAAACGUUUUGAAGCCAU